CUGGUCACCUUUGUACUGUAAAGUGUACUGUAACAGGUUCGUUUUUUUCGAAACUCGAAACAUCCCUCAUGUGAAAGAUUUUCUUUGACGCGCGGAGGACAAUUUUUCCACCAUGGCGACACUGGAAACUCUCGACGGGCGGAUGAACGCCACAGAGGCGGCCAUCGCGGAGAUCAAUGCCACGCUAGGCGUGUACGCCGUGAGCUUGGACACACUGCUGCUCAUCCUGUGCGGCUGCCUCAUCAUGACCAUGCAGGCAGGCUUCGCCCUGUUGGAAGUCGGCUCGGUCAAGGUCGCCAACGUCCACGCCAUCCUGCUCAACAACGUCAUGGACGUUUGUGUUGGUACUGCAGGCUACUUCUUCUUUGGAUAUGCUGUGGCGUUUGGCGAAACAACCAACGGAUACAUGGGGACGGUGCACUUCGGCCUGAGCCACCUAGAGAGCGAUGACGCGCUGACCUGGGUAUUCUUCCAGUACUCAUUUGCCGCCACGGCCACCGCUAUCGUGUCUGGGGCUAUGGUUGGUCGUGCCUCGUACCAUGGGUACCUGAUCUACUCUUUCGUCAUCACUGGCUUUGUGUACCCAACUGUUGUGCACUGGACCUGGAGCGGCAGUGGCUGGCUCAACUCUGAUUUGUAUGAUCUUGCCUACCAGGACUUUGCAGGAAGCGGUGUGGUGCAUGCCUGCGGGGGGACUGCUGCCCUGAUGGGGGCCAUCGUACUGGGCCGCAGGAAGUUGGCCAAGGAUGUCGAAGAGCAUGCCAUCUCUGAAUCUGCUCCAGCCCUGGUCACCUUGGGCUUCUUCAUCCUGAUGGUCGGCUUCUUCGCCUUCAAUGGCAGUUCGCAGGGUGCGAUGUCUUCAGACGGAGACGCUGGUGCCGUGGCCCGUGCAGUUAUGAACACUGGUCUGGCCUGCGCAUCUGGUGGUCUAGCCACCAUUCUGUUUGAGCGUCUGGUUCACAAGAAGAUCAAUGACUAUUAUGUGCUGUGCAUCGUAGUGAAUGGAUGCCUGGGAGGAACUGUGGCAGUCUGUGCUUCUGCUAACGUUGUGACUACAUACGGUGCUCUGCUCACUGGAUUUUCCGGUGCCAUUAUUCACUGUCUGUGGUCCAUAUCCCUGCACAAGUUUACAUCCAUUGAGGACCCUGUUGAUGCCACCGCAGUGCACCUGGCACCUGGAAUUUGGGGUGUAAUUCUUUGCCCCUUCAUGGAUAAGGAAAAUGGUAUCUUCUACUGUGGCUAUGCUGGACAGUACGAUGCCUGGCGCCAACUUGGAGUCAAUGUGGCUGGACUUGUGGCCAUCAUUGCAUACACUGCUGUGAUCACUUUCUUCAUCUUCACCGUCCUUGACAAGGCUAAACUGCUCCGAUCACACCAAGAGAAGUUGGAGCACGAGGCAGCUGUUCGGCUUCACGAGGAGGAGCUGCGCCAACAACACGGAUCCGGACAUGGAUUUUUCCAUGAUGUUUUCCAUGGCCAUGGACAAGCUGAGGAGCCAGUGCCUACAAAGAGUGUCUCCUCUGUCUUUGCUGAUGCCAGUGCUGACCCAAGUGAGACUGAAGUAGUCUUCAGAAGCCAGGAAGCAUCUGUUAUCAGGGACAGUGUGGUGUAGACAACUCACCAGCACAGCUGGAAAAUCAUAGCAGCAUCUGAAUAUCACUUGCCUAUUUUACUGCAACAUCUCAUUUUCCUGCCAUUUGUUCUCAGACGAGGUCUUUUCUGAAAUAAGUGAAAACCUGCUCUUGGAGUAGUUCUUGUUGUUUCACUGUAAUAUCCAAGUAUAACUGAACAAGUCACUGAUUUGAUGUUUUGAAAAGUAUAAUAUCAUAUAUACAGUUACUGUACUUUCACAUUCAUACUACUAAAGUCCAUUAAUAUGAUACAUGUGUAUGCUGACAUUGUUGUCUGAACUACUGCAGCUUCAGUGAAAGUGUUGCAGAUUUGUUAGGAAAGGUAUUCAUAAUGCAUGAUACUAUCCAAUAAAAUGCUGCUAAUGUUACAGCCCUUAUCUAGAUUCUGAAACAAUUUUUGUGUGAAUUGUUUAAUUCUGGGUGCUGAAGUAUUGUUUUGGGUGGAUGAGCUGUGGGUUUGUGUAUCUGUCUGGACAGGAGAAGGUUGACAGGACAUGGGUGGGGAUUCAAAGAUUGACAGGCGGAAUGGCAGUUCAAGUGGUAAGACAGAGGAAUGGGGCCGGGUGAACAUGAAGGUAUCAGAAUCUGAGCAGGAGCCAGCAGGAAUAUGGUGGGUGACAUGGGGGAAUUCAGGACACCAAACACUGUUCCUGAAGAUAUGAAUCUUUGG